AUGAAGGAGCCUGAGGAUGCAAGAGAGAAAGACAGAGCCUCAAAUCGGAGAAGGAAUGAUGACAACAACAAAGGAAGGUUUCCACGGGCGCAAAACUCGAGAAAUAAUUUUACUAGCAAUGGAGGGAAGAAGAAUGCGGGUCAGAUGAAUUUCCAGAUUCAGGUAUGUCCGAAAUGCAAGAAAAAUCACGCUGGAGAAUGCUCGGCAGAAAGAGGUGUGUGCUUUAAGUGUGGGAAGCCUGGACAUAUGUUGAGGAAUUGUCCUCAAAAUCAAGGUCAGAAUUCAUCAAACCAACCUACAACAAGAGGAAGAGUUUUCACCCCAAGUGAUCAGGAAGCGGCUCAAGCUUCAAACCUGGUUCAAGGUACGGGCUUAAUACAAGAUUCUUUUAUAACUGUACUUUUUGAUUCUGGGGCUACUCAUUCUUUUAUAUCCUUAUCUUAUGCUCAAAAGUUAAAAUUACCAAUCUUCAUUUUACCUUCUUAUCUUGAAAUCUUUCUUCCUACUGGAGAAAAGAUAAUCACAUCUCAUGUCAGUAGAAAUUGUCAUUUUCAACUAGAAGGGAAAUUGUUUGAGCUAGAUUUAGUUUGUUUGCCUAUGAUUGAUAUAGAUGUGAUUCUUGGUAUGAAUUGGUUGUCUGCUAAUUGUGUGGUCAUUGAUUGUCAUAAUAAAAGUAUAAUUUUCACAAAAGAGUCAGAACUUUCCAGUGAAUCUUUAUUCUUGUCAACUUCCCAACUUAGGAAGAGUUUGUUAGAUAGAGCACAAGGAUAUGUUCUCUUUAAUCUUUUAGAAGCAAAGGUUAAAUCUGAUACAGCCAGUGUCCCUAUUGUCUCUGAAUACUCGGAGGUUUUUUCUGAUGAAAUUCAAGGUUUGCCCCCAAACAGAGAAAUUGAAUUCUCCAUUGACCUAAUACCUGGAGUAGGGUCAAUUUCUAUUGCACCCUAUAGGAUGUCACCUAUAAAGCUUGUUGAACUAAAAAAACAAUUAGAGGAACUUCUAUCAAAGUGUGUCACCUUGAGGAGCACCAGUGCUCUUUGUCAAGAAAAAAGAUGGAAGUACGAGGUUGUGUGUGGAUUAUAG